AUUAAUAAUAAUAAUUUUUAAAACAUGAAUUCAAUGAUCCAUGAUGAAGAACCCUAUUAUUAUAAAAUUUAUGAAAUUUAUGGAGUCUAUGAUUAGAUGUUAGAUCAUCUAGAUUAAGAGUAAAUGCCUUAAAAAAUUUCUAAAUUCUUAACAUAAAGCAAAGAUGAUGAACUAAGAAGAUAAAUGAGAUUUUUAACUUUAGCUCACAGAAGGAUUAAAAAAAAAAAAAAAAAAUAUAGAUAUAUUAAACUAAGUAAGUAAAAAGUUUAUAUCUAGAAAAAUCAUUCUAGUCUAAUGAACUGUAUAUAGAUGGUUCACAAUAUGAAAACAAUGUUUUUUUGUUAUUUUCCAUAAGAUAAGAAGAAUGACAUCGAAAAACAUAAAC